CAACAGGUACGAUGGCACGAACAUCUCUGCAAUGGCUGAUCCUUCUGACUUCACUGCUGACCAGCACAACAAACCAAGCCUCUCUGACUGUGAGUCCCAGCAGCUCUCAGAUGUUUGAAGGACAGUCUGUCUCUCUGAGCUGUGAGGAGGACGACAGCUCUGCUGGAUGGACUCUGAGGAGGAACACGACCAGAGAAACCAGGACUCAGUGUGGUGUUGACUGGGCAACAACUGCUGGUUCUUCCUGUAACAUCAGCUACAUGGACCCACUGGAGAGUGGAGUUUACUGGUGUGAGUCCAGAGAGGGAGCAACCAGUAACAGCAUCAACAUCACUGUCACUGGUGGACCAGUGAUCCUGCAGAGUCCUGUCCUCCCUGUGAUGGAAGGAGAAGACCUCACUCUGACCUGUAAAACAAAGACUCCCUCCAACCUCCCAGCUGGUUUCUAUAAAGAUGGUGUCUUCAUUGGGAAUGAGCAUGAAGGUCACAUGACCAUCCACCAUGUUUCCAGGUCUGAUGAAGGCCUCUACAAGUGUCUCAUCAGCAGUGUUGUAGAGUCUCCACCCAGCUGGGUCUCUGUCACAGAGAAACCAAAGACCACAAGACCUCCAACCUCUGCAGCGCCGCCCCCGGCCUCAGACCUCCUCCACCUUGUGUUCAGACUGGUUGUCCACCUGGUGGUGUUCUGUCCCGACACCAUCUCCACCAUCAUGGUUUCUUUAUAUUGACACAGACCAACAGGAAAUUACCUACCUGUUUCCAUGGCAGCAGCCCCACCCACCCGAGCCGGAGGAGUUCUUGGCUGAGAUGACAUUGUUGGGGUCAACACCGUGCAUCCCAUCUGAGAACAAUCGUAGACAGAGUCUACCGUUACAUCAGGAAGAAGAUAUACUUUUGAUUGAAACAUAUUCAAUAUGAAAUCAUUGCUUUGAGAUUGAGUUGUUCCUUUAUCUUUUUUUCUUCAAUUCUCAUUAGCGUUUU